CAUUCAUUGUCAGCUUCCUGGAGCCAUUUUCGGCCAGAAAGACGGCAGCUCGUCUCGGUUUUAAAUCCUUCGCAUCUGCUUUGCUCCGCGAUUAAUAUAGAGCCGAAACUGGCUGUAUCGUUAGAUUAGACCCUUAUCUAACUCUCGUCGUAAAUAUUUUAGACUAUACUUUGAGGGAUUUUGAGAAAAUCGGCUCUAAAGUAAAGUAGGGACAAAGGGCAGCCGAGCCUUUAAAGAUGAGAAAAGGGAUCCCCUCGGCCCCGGAGAAAGUGAUCAUAACAGGGGUCGGGGGCUCUGCCGUGGACAAAACCACCGUCUUAACAGCGCUGUCUGAUCGCCUGAGCUCCAAUUUCCCUACGGCCACGUACAUACAGAUCAUCACCCCGCCGUCCUCUUUCACACAGACGGGCCAUGUCUGCGCGUCCGAGGCUCCGGCCGGCAGCUUGAUAUACUCCACUCCCCACGGAUCGGCGAACGGAUCGGGACAGCGACCGGCUUUGGGACGGCCUCCGGCCAAAAGGCGCCUUGAACUGGAUGAGACCGACCACCAGUAUAUCAGCGAUGGCGUCAAGACUCCCCGUGGAAAAGGAAGUGUGUCCACUCCCACCCUGAAGAGCCCCAGAACUCCGAAGUCGCCAUCGGAGAAGACGCGUUACGACACGUCUCUAGGUCUCCUGACUAAGAAGUUUGUCCAGUUGCUGGGCCAGUCCUCCGACGGUGUGGUGGACCUAAACCGGGCCGCCGAGGUCCUCAAGGUUCAGAAGAGGCGCCUGUAUGACAUCACCAACGUUCUGGAAGGGGUUCACCUCAUUAAGAAGAAAUCCAAAAACAACAUCCAGUGGAUGGGCUGUAGCCUGUCAGAGGAAGGGACUGCGCUCAAUCAGUGCCAGACCCUCGGCCGCCAGGUCAUGGAGCUGAGCCAGGAGGAGAAGAAGCUGGAUGAGUUGAUCCAGAGCUGCACCCGGGACGUGCGGCAAAUGACCGAGGAAACGCACAAUCAGAAGUUUGCCUAUGUCACGUAUCAAGACCUCCGGAAGAUCCGGAGUCUGCGGGAUCAGACUGUGAUCGUGAUCAAAGCGCCCUCAGAGACCAAGCUGGAGGUCCCUGACCCUCAGGAGAGUUUACAGGUUCACUUAACCAGCACACAAGGUCCCAUAGACGUGUUCUUGUGUCCGGAUGAGAAUUCCCCCAGCAGCCCCACGAGGAAUAGCCCCUGCGACGUCAAUGGAAACAGCUCUCCUCUUGUCAAAGUCUUACAAGAUUGCCCCACGAGCGAAGCCAAUGGCGGAGGUGGCCCUAGCGGAGGGCUCGGCGUGUCCGAUUGUGCCGUGACGGUCACCAGCAUUUUGCCCCUCACGCCACCUCUUACCGGCCUCCUGCAGCAGACGGAGGAUCAGAUCCCUUCUGUCCUGGAGGGGCCUCUCAUUAACCUCUCGCCUCCACUCCUCAACGAGGACUACAUGUUAAGCCUGGGAGAUGAGGAGGGCAUCAGUGACCUGUUCGAUGCUUAUGAUUUGGAUCGGCUUCCCUUAGAGGACCUGCUGUGCAACUGAUGGGACGAUAUCCCCCCCCCCCGGGAGGAAGUCUUUUUUUUUUUUUGGAGGGGGGGGUUUAUUCUAAAGGGGCCACUCUCUCUGUUCAAAGAGGUGGGCAUCUGCAGGCCCCCCACCCCCAGGGCAGCCUUGGAUCAGCAUCUUCAGGAUGGGUUAAUCCUUAUCCUUAUCUUGAUUUGGUUUUUUUUUCUGUCUAUAUCCAUAUGGGAACUGCUUUACCAGGCUAAGAGCAACCCCCCCCCCCCCCCCCCAAUAUACUUGUUCAGAAUCUCGUGGUUUAAGCCUGAGUGCAGGAAGUGUCCCACGUUAAGCCAGCUGCACCCCCCGCUGUUGUAUUUGCAUACCACUUUUGUAUGUAAUUGUAGCUGCCCUGAGUUUAUGAGAAGCUGUGCCCAGAUGGGGAGCCAGUCCCGGUCUGAGUGAGCUGCGUCGAGUAUCCUGCCUUACUCGAGCGAUUUCGCGCAGACCUGGCCGAGUUCCGGGUUGUGUCCCAGUGAGAGAGCCCGGCGUUCUUCACGGAUCAGUGCCUGGGCCCCACAGUAGUGCGAAAUGCUGGAAUGUGCGCUCUGUUCAAACUUCGAAGCUGGGUUUGCACCAUGAUUGCUGGUGAAACUGCCAUUUUUCUGACUGCUAGGAAAAUGCGGAAAGGAGUUACUCCCAUGAGGAGUUCUGAAGUACGACAUGUAUGUGUGUCUGUGUGGCGUGGGGUUUUUAAAGCAUCUUUCUGUGUUUGUCUGCACUUCUACUCACCAUUUUGAUCUAGAAAUGGACUCUGGGCUGCAGUGAUCUCUGUUGGUUUUACGUUAUAUCCAGUGGAGAUCCAAUGGGUCAACAGACUCAAUGGAAGGUCUCGUCGGUCCAGACUUUAGCACGCAGCUGCGCUGCGAUUGCGUUUGUCUUGAAUCCCAGGUAAAUGCUGCAUUGCUCCCUCUGUGCUUAAAUUAAAUUAUUCAUAGGUACUAAUCUGCAUUUUACAGUAUGCAAUAUUUACUAGUAUUUAAAGGUAACCUCUUUCCCUCUCAUUUAGAUACCCAAUAGGUGGUAACUGAAAAAAUUGUAAUUGGAAUAUCUAAGCAGUGUGUCGUAGGGCUUUCGGUAAUAUUGUUAAAUUUUAACGUAUCGGUUGCUCUGCUCGUUUAUGCCAUACAGUGGAUUUUUUUAGAAAAAAAAAUUCCCAGAAAUCCUCUUUCUUUCGGCAGCUCGCUCUUCCUGCAGUAAAAAUGUGCGAUGAACACAUCGAGGGUUUACAACUUGGUACUGGUUUGAAAUGUGGGACGAACGAUUUUGGAGUUGACUUCCAGCGGAAGCCAACUUACUUCUGGCUCGAGCCCCUGAGGACCGCUGGCAUUUUCCGGAAGUCUUGUUUGUCCGUCAGUCAGCAUUUGAUAAUCCACCUGCACUCCGCGUCUGUUCCGAUGGUGCUUUAGCUCCGGAGGAAUUUCGUCAUGCCUGAGGUUUAAAAUGAUUCUUGGCAUUUAGGGGCCCACAAGGCACCUCCGGAUCAGGGGAUGAAGCUCUUAGAUUUGGUCGGUUUGUCUUCAUUUAAAACUGGUUAAAUGAACAGUUCGGGUUGCAUAAACAUCACAACCAGGCUUCUGAAUGAAGACGACAGCCUCCCUUUCACGCCUCUGGAGGUUUCUGUCCACUUCCCGUCGCCUUAGCAAAGCCCAUUAUGAGCCGAAACCCUGCAGUGUUGCCUUAAAGGACUGUAUCUUCAUGCAGGAGCGGAGGGAGGCUUGUUAAAAUUCUCAGGAAUUUAAACACUCUGUAGGGAUUCUGUCAGCGAAGGAACCUGACUUGUGAGAAAUGGUCUCCUUCACUGAGUACCGCUGCAGGGUCUGUGGCGGUAGCAGCUGUUUCUGAAGCGACACAUGGAGUAGCCGAGCCUGAGAUACUUCAGCGCGUUUUGGGAUUUAUGCAAUAGGCGCUGGCUUCCUGGCCCGGGUCCGUUAAAUUCUGUCGGAGGAUCAUCGCAUUUCCUUGACUGCUUGCUUUGAGUACCUUUAAACGUCUACUUCUGAAGGAUACCACUCUGGGUUUUCAUCCAUCUUUGAUCCAACUCUCACUGCUUUGCACUGUUUGCUGCCCCUCAGUUUUCAUAGCUACAGUAUGAAAUUCCCUUUUUGGGUUAGGGAUUGUUUUUAGUAAUGAUUUUACCCCCCCUCCCCCUAUGGACCCCCACCCAUUCCUCAAGCUUUUAAAAAAAUAACCUUCCCUGUUUUAGCAACUGAAGUCAGAUGAGCAGCCGCUUAAAUGAAGCCGGAGGCUCCAGGCUCAGCGCUUUUAAUCGGCAGCGUUGCCGUCAAGCCGGAAUCCGCAGCAAGCCGACGUUCCGGCGUGUGGCUGGAGUCAAAUGACAAAUCAGAUGGACAAGAACUUUCCAGGAUGCAGAAGCAGCACGUUCAUUCUCAGUCUCCCAUGUUAAACUUUUGCACUGACCCCAAACUGCUCGGUUUGUAUUCUUGCUUUAUAUAUUUGCAUAUUUACAUACUCCUGACCUACAGAUGAAUUCCUUUGUGGAAAUGACCCUCCAUGGAUGACCUUCUACCCCGGGGCUUUGUUGAUUUGCCCAAAAUGGCUCAAGUGCUGCCAACAUGCACAAUCCCAGGGGGGGGGGUGGUGGGGGGGUCGGAGUCCUAUCUUCAGGACCAGUCUUGUACUGUGAAAUCUGCUGUGUGCCUCAUCAGUUUGCAAUAACUGUUCCAAAUUAAUCUCUGCCCUGUCUUAAUCCCCGAAGCCCAAAUAUUACUGCCAAGUACGAGUGUGAAGGCUUGACGUUUAAACCCUUUUAUCAUAUUGGGGGGGGGGGAGAAAUGAUUCUGGGACUGUGCUUAUUGGUGUGUUUGUAUGUGCAUGGAAGUUCAAUGAAUGUUGGGGAAAUGUUAAUUUUUUUUGUGUGAAGUGUAUAUAGAAUUGAAAUUGUUUUAAUAAAAAUGUAAUUUAGCUUUG